ACGAGAGCGACAUCAAGAUGAACUUCCUCGCCGAAGAAGACCAUACCGCCACUUUGGACGAAGCUCUGGCUUUUAUCGACUCGUACGAGCUGGCUCAGUCAAGUGACAGUUCCUUCGAUAGUGGAGACGGAAACUUCCACCCUAUUGUUGACAAGCUUCUCACACAAAGUCAGCAACUACCAGGGGCGGAUCUCACCGGAGAGACGACGCCGGAGAACCCAAAGCCAACUACGAAACGAAUCAACACGAAGUCGUCGACAAAGAAACGUCAGAGGGGAGCUCACAGUUCGUCAACAGCCUUGCAGCGUCGAAAACGUGCAGAGCUGCAUUCUCUUCGCAGUCAAGUGAAUGUGUUGCAAGACCUGCUGGUUGAAAUGAAGUAUGCUAGUGCGAGUUGCUCCGCUGAAUCCUCUCACAGUGGUCAGGAACCUACCGAAGAAAGGCGACCCACCGCCAUGAACACAAAACCAAGGACAGGACAAGAGGAAUGGUACAAUCACGCCGUACAGCAAUACCGGGAGCGACUCAAAGUGGAAGUCACAAACCGCCGUCUCAAAUCUCUUGUGGAAAAGCACAUGAAAAUCAACGAGUCUUUGUGUGAGGUUUUGCAGGAGGGGUCGCUACAAAGAGGAAUGGAGUUUGUGCUGAAAACUCAAACUCAAGUAGAAUGCCCACCGCUCCUCGAGCUCGACCAAAGCAUCAUUUCCAUGGACCUACUUCUCCAGCGUGUGGACAGCUUUUACUUGAAUUCCAGUGAUGAUUUUCAAGUGAAGAACAGCCCGCUAGCUCUCGUCAAUUCAAUGACCAAAAGAUACGAUGAGCAGCGUCAAUAUAGAAGUGUCGUGUUCCACUCCACUACACCAUUGGAGUGCUCCGUCAAUGAUGCAAGUGCCUUCUUAUGGAGGACAUUUCAAUCGGAAAGAAUUCCAGGAUUGAAGCCCGAUUCGCUUGAGAAACGAGUCAUGUUUGUCGUGCAAAGUCGCACAGGCCCGCUUCAUUUCGAUAAACAGCACUAUCUGCGUCGAUUCGUGGAAGCUGAUCGAGUCGUGUUCGUGUGGGGAGACAAUACUGUGCUUCCAGCGGCUCACACUCGGCUUUGUGUUCAAGGUUGGGCAACAGUUGCACCGCUAACUGCAAAGUCACGUAUGGUGAUAUCGAAUUUGGUCCUUCGGUUAGAUUGCGGCAAAGGUGGAGACACUUCUAGGCGUGGACAAGACAUUGCUAUCGGUGCUAUAGGCUCAGAAAUCCGGAAAUAUUGGCAGCUGCUUCAAGAUGCUAUGAUUGAUGAAGCGGCGUCGUGUGACCAUGGAAUGAGAAUAGCGAUGCCUUAAAUGAGUACGUAUCUUGAGACGAUUCUAGGUUUGUUUUUCAUAUUACGUCGUCAUAGGAACAACGUCUUUGUAUCUCUCAACGCUGUUGACACUGAGUUACAUGUAUCAAUUGAGAAC